AUGAAAAAUAUGAAACCCUGGGAAUUUGAAUUCAUUGAUUCGCAACGAGUCUGGGCCGAGUAUGCGCUGAAACGACAGGAAGCCAACGCACAAAACCGUCGUUUAACACUUGAAGAUUUGGAUGAUAGUUGGGAUCGUGGCAUCCCGCGAAUAAACACGCUUUUCCAAAAAGACCGGCAUACUCUGGCUUAUGACAAAGGAUGGCGUGUGAGGACCGAAUUCAAAACUUACCAGAUUCUAAAACAAAAUCCAUUUUGGUGGACUCAUCAGCGCCACGAUGGUAAACUAUGGAAUUUGAAUAAUUAUCGUACCGAUAUGAUCCAAGCAUUGGGCGGCGUUGAAGGCAUCCUCGAGCAUACACUGUUCCGGGGGACAUAUUUCCCAACAUGGGAAGGAUUGUUCUGGGAGCGUGCCUCUGGCUUCGAGGAAUCGAUGAAAUUCAAGAAACUGACGAAUGCACAGCGAUCCGGUUUAAAUCAAAUCCCGAAUCGUCGCUUCACGCUCUGGUGGUCGCCAACUAUCAAUCGAGCUAACGUUCGUUUAACUUUUAGUUUCUGUUUUUGGGGUUUCAUUGUUGGAUGGAAAAACGGAUCCCCUUGGUGGUAA